GAGAGGGAGCGGGGCAGCUCAGUGAGGAGAGCAGCAUGAGAGCGGGACAGUGUGUGUGUGUGAACGGGAGAGGACCAGACAGCAUUCAGUUGACUUUGACAAGGAUAUAAGACCAACAAGAUUUUCCUGCUAGUUUUCUCCUCCUCCUUCUUUGCACCUUUCCCCCUCCCCUUCCCCCCUUUCCCCUUUUUCCUCCAUCCUGUGGCAGUUAUCCCCACUCACAGGUCCUGCUUCAGGCGGCUACUCCGGGCAUGCUCCUUAAGCCAAAGUAUGACCGCUUUCGCAAUGAGUCUGUGACCUCCUCCGACGACCUAAUGCAGAGCUUAGCCAUGAGCGGCAAAGUUGUGGCCACACCAGUGGUUCCCUCCUCCACGCCAAGCCUUCCUCUGCCUCCUUUGCCUCCCCUGGAUCCCAGUGCCAGGUCCUCCUCUUCUGCUGGGGCUAUGGCCUUGGCCGACUCUCCUUGCCUGGAUGGGGAACAAGAUGCCACGACAACCUUCUGCAUGCUCAUUCCUAAGAUGCCUCAGUGGAAAUUCUCCAACUCCCUGCUUAGCCGGAGUCCAUCCAACUCCAGUUCCAGCUCCAAUUCUAGCAAGGAUUCGGGCAAGACAGCGGCAGCUACUUCCCAGGCCUCUGUCACGUCUUCUUCAUCAUCACACAGGCCUGGUGGUGGAGCCUCAGCCAGUGGCCCAGUGGCGAGCCUUGCAGCAGUGCUUAACUCCUGUGACCCGGUAUGUGUCACUCCUUGUUCCCUACAGGCCAUUCGGGGGCAGCGAGCAGUAGCAGCGGCAAAUUCUGCCAGUCCAGGGGGGCACGUAUUUGGAGCCGCAGAGGUCAUGGCGAGCCCCGGUGGCUCCAGCAACUUCAGAUCAGGAAUGACGCGCAGCACAAGGGUCGAAGGCAUGUGGCUUGGGGGAGAGGACUUCAACCAGAAGGGCAGCUUCAUCCACAAACCCUCUCAAGGCUGGCUGCACCCUGACAAGAAGAUAGUAGGACAAGGAGCAUCCUACAUUGUCAGGUACAUGGGAUGCAUUGAGGUGCUGAAAUCAAUGCGAUCCCUGGACUUCACCACACGCACUCAAGUGACAAGGGAAGCCAUCAACAGACUGUGCGAAGCUGUGCCAGGUGGAAAGGGGGCUUGGAGGAAGAAGGUUCCAAACAAAGCUCUGCAGUCAGUCAUGGGGAAGAGUAACCUACGAUUUGCAGGCAUGAGCAUCGCAGUCAAUAUUUCCAUCGAUGGUAUUAAUCUGCUCAUUCCUACCACACGACAGGUGAUAGCUCAUCAUCCCUUGCAGUCCAUCUCAUUUGCCUCUGGGGGAGACACAGACACACCUGAUUAUGUUGCAUAUGUGUCCAAAGACCCAGUGAAUCAGAGAGCAUGUCAUAUCCUGGAGUGUUCAGAUGGUUUAGCCCAAAGUGUCAUCAGUACCCUCGGCCAAGCCUUCGAGCUGCAGUUCAAACAGUAUCUGCACAGUCCACCAAAAACCAUGACAUCUGUGGAGAGGUCUGCCAGGACAGAAGAACCAAUUUGGAGGGAUGAUGAGGACUUCUCUGAGCCGGAUUACUAUAACCGUAUUCCAGGGAAGGAGCCUCCUGUUGGAGGUGUGGUAGACUCCAGACUCAGGCCCAGUGGAACCCUCAUUGGUCACAUGCACACUCAACCACAGAGCAAGACAGCAGCUCAGCAGAUGAGCUCACCAGCCAGGAGAGAUCAAGCAUCUCACCAGCCUGGUCAGCUGUGUUAUGAGCUUCACUGGGACACGGAGACAACCUGCAGCUCAGGUCUGACAUCAGAUGGUUAUUUGUGUGCUGACGGUCAGCCUCCAUGCAGCAGAGACUAUGAGGAGCAUCAAUAUGUUAACACCCAGAGUCUGGAAAACCUGGAUUCACUCACGCAGGGUCCUGAUGGGCACAGAGGCACCAGGGCACCAGAGAGUCCCAAAAAGGAUCUCUUUGACAUGAGGCCCUUUGAGGAUGCCCUGAAACUCCAUGAGGCCUGUGGUGUUGGGUCCACUAUAUCUGGAGGCUCUGGUGCUGAGGGAGGAGUGGGAGGUGGUCGGCUGUUGGAGGAUCAGUGGCCCAGUCCUCCACGACGCAGAGCCCCUGUUGCUCCAAAUGAGGAGCAGCUUCGCCGUGAGCCCUGGUACCACAGCCGGAUGAGCCGGCGAGACGCAGAAAAACUCCUGAGCCGGGACGGAGAUUUUCUGGUAAGGGAGAGCACUACCAAUCCUGGCCAGUAUGUGCUAAGCGGCCUGCACCGUGGCCUCCCUAAACACUUACUGCUAGUGGACCCUGAAGGAGUGGUCCGGACCAAAGACAUGUUAUUUGAGAGCAUAACCCACCUCGUCUCGUUUCACCUGAAGAAUGAGCUGCCUAUUGUAGCAGCAGAGAGUGAGCUUCAUCUCAAACGGGGUGUGAGGAGGAAGCAGUGAAUUACCUGGACCUGUGUGGGACUUGCUAAAUUUCUAUGUGCCCAUACAAAUCACAUAAAAACUGAAUCUAGGACUCAUUAUGGGAUGAUUUUUCAACGGGAAGAAAGAAUAUCAGCAAUACUUUCUUUCCAUGGACAAUCCUUCUAAGGAGUCUGCAGUAUCUGAUAUAUCCCUGUACUUCUGCUUGUUGACUACCAGGAUAAACCAAAUAUCCCUCAUCUGUCAUAAACUCCUCAGCAUGCAGUUAUUAAGCUAACAAACCAACCAGGAUCCACAGUCUGUGCUGUGCCCGAGCUGGAUAAUCACCAACCGAGGUCAAAAAUUAAACUGACAACCUGUCUGGAGAGGAGCUAACCUCAGGAAAUCACAAAAGGAUUUAAUGCACAGUGAAGAAAAGCCUGUAAUUGUGAAGUGCUUCCUUUAAACCACAACUUGCAUGACUAGUAAGUCACAGGUUAUUCAAAUCAACCAGUUGUGGGAAUCACCAGAACAAACUGUCACUAAUUUUCUGGUGCACCAAAAAAUUCAAAACAAGAUGUCCAGUUCGUCCAGUAGUUCAUCUCGGUACAAAUGCAGGAAAUGAAAAUUCUGCAACUGUUUAGAAUGUAAAGACUGUUAAAUGCUCAUGUUCAAGGUCUGCAGUAUCUGAAUUUAUAACAGCCACAAAGCCUUUAUUGUUUCUCUGAGCUAUUUUAAGCCUCACAUGCAUCAAAAAAAAGCAUAAUCAUGAUACACCGAUUAGCCCCAACAUUAAAACCACUGACAGGUGAAGCGCACACCACUGAUUUACCUGGGAAACAUUGGGUCCUGGCAUUCAAGUGGAAGCUAUGUUGAGACAUCAACCACGUAAACAAGUUCCAAGUAACAGCAACCUCAAGUGCUUUCCUCAGGAACAGUUGCAGAACAUGACAAAGAGUGCAAGCUGUUGAAACAGCCCGCCUCCCUGCAGGUUCUGUUUUCGGCCACAAGAUGGGCCAGAACAAGCCAAUCCACUGCACCGACUCCAUGCAAAGAGCCAGACAACACGGCGCACCCCAAAACAUCACCUGCUGCACCGAUCGGUCAGAGCCGUUUAGGUGGAACAAGCGGGAUCUACACAAUGGAUGCUUUUAAUGUGGCUUUAGUGUAUUUAUCAGUGCAGUGGAGAUCGAUACAUUGUCCUGACUGAGAAGUUUGAUCACAUUUGCUAUUAAAUCUGCUAUUUGUGCUGUUUGUAAGGGCUGUUCAUUAUUUUAGGAAGUCAUGUGUGGUAAAAACUCCUCCGCAUUAAUGCUCAGUAUAGCCAUGCCCGUUCUCUCCAGCCUCCCCCACUUCAGUGCCUUAAUAACUACACUGACAGGCGUUUGUGUCAGCGUGUAUAUAAUGUGCAUUUAUGCUCUUGUUGCAAAAGAACAGUUUUCUUGCCACGCCAAUGAGUAAAUGAACAAACUUCAGGAUGAUUCAAAGUUGUGUACAUGUAAACAGUAAUGGAAGCUGCUCUUGUUUUGGGGUGAAUGAGUAAUACUGUCUAUGAUGGUCUUAAAUGUUAUCGUCUUAUAUGUGUGUCCCUCAGAGUUUUUAAGUCAGAGGUCAGUCAUAGACAUGUUAAAGAAGGAGCUUAAUUUUUCCCAGCUCAGGGAAGUGCAUCACUUUAUUGUCCUUAUUCCCUGUCUGUACAUUUUACUGACUUGCUGGUGUGUUUUUGCUCCACAGCGUUUCAUUCCCAGUUUUGACAGUGUAAUACUUUAAAAUUAUUUUGUCUGCUUUCUGCCCUUUCCCCCCCUCUCUGUUCUUGGCUACUUAAGUUUAAUCAGGCCCUCCUUUGUUCUUAGCCUCAUAAAUGCACAUAAAGAUGAGGUAAACUUCAACAGUUUUUUUGCGAGAUCCAGAUCAUUGUCAUUCUUUUGUAUCUCCCCUCAGGAAUUUCCUGGACCUUUUCUUCUAUGAUUAACUG